AUGCCCAUGAAAAUACAGCCCGUUGCCAGCACCGACAGCAUUUGUAAUAAAGAGAGCGGAGAAGGAUCGAUGGCGGCUCAAACCAAUCAUGAAAGCAUUGCGCUUGAAGAUCAUCACCCCUCCAUGAAGAACGAAAUUGCAAAAAAGCACUCGCUCCCCUGUUCUGGAUGCUUUUCAGUACGGAUCUUUAUCAUGCUCACCAUCACGAUUCUAGUCUUGACCUGCUCAUGUUUGGUAUGGCUCACCUCGUUUGUUUCGACCAAACAAGCUUUAAACGAGCUCUCAACAGAGUUGAUGAUCUCUGCAGGUAUGAAUGUUCUGACCUAUGUAGACUCUCAGAUUCGGCCAAUCAUUGUUGCUACAAGAACAGUCGCCGAUGAUUACAAUAUUGGUCUGAUUCCCAAACGCCCUUCCUUGUCUUACCUUUAUACCAAAUUCAAUGCGUUCAAUCCUUAUGGUAUUGGUCUGAUAUUUGAAGAUGAAUUGUAUACGUUCAACUUGUUUGGUGUUCCUCCUAAUGAGGUAUUAUCAUAUUACUACAAACCAGUGGAUGAAUAUGUCUUAUAUACCAUGAGUGUGAAUGCAUCAAAUGGAGAAAUCACUGGUCAGCUGAAAGUGACACCCAAUUACGACACGACCAAACAAAGCUAUUGGGUUCAUAGCUUUGAACAAUUUCCUUUACUUCAAACAGACCAUGUGAUAGGAGAGCCAUAUUAUGUACCAGGAGGAGGUUAUACAAUAUAUUGUUGUGUCAAGUUAUUCGAUCCAGUGGAGUAUGCAAAGGGAAACAAAAGAGUAGUGGGUUUGGCCAAAACAAAUCUUUCUUUGAACUUGAUCCAGAAUUUUCUUUCUGGACUUACAGUUCUUGGAUCUGGCUAUGUGUUAGUCUCACAGACCAAUAAUGAUUUGAUUAUUGGUGGUAGUAUUAAUACCAGACCUGAUGACGGAAUUUCUAGGGUGUCCAUUUAUGAUUUAAAAGACCAAAGAGCUGGUGAAUUGAUGAAGAAGAUACAAUCUGUUUAUGGUAGCCUUUCAAAAGCACCAAAUUUCAUUUCCAUCUCUUCCAAUGGGAUUGAUUAUUAUGUUUUAAAACUGGAGUACACUCUUUCCAAUUUAGUUUGGAAUGUUUUUGUUGUUGUACGAAAAAGUGAAAUUGAAUUCGCAACAAAUAUCAGCACAGGAGCAACUGUAGGUGUUGCUGUGGUUGUAACUAUCCUUGGUAUUAUCGUAGCAAUAUGUAUUGGUUAUACUACCACAGCUCCGUUGCGACAUUUGGAAAAACAGUUCAGCAAGAUUAAGACAAUGGACUUUGAAAAUUUGGAAUUUAUUUCGAGUGUUUUCAAAGAAGUCGACAACAUGUUUGUCUAUCUUCACGAUAUGGUUGUUUGGCUUAAUGAAAUUAAGACAUUCAUUCCAGAGAGCGUAUUUGUACAAAUCAAAAACUACAACAAAGAAUUUCACCCGAAUCCAACCUCGACCAACGAUAUUAUCCCAAUAAUCCCCGCCGAACAAAGUGACACUGGAUCUGUCAACUAUUCUCUUUCAAGCGCUUCUACAUUAUUAACUGGGACUAAGAACAAAGGUAACUCGCUAUUUAAAAUGGGACUGACGGCACGACAGAGUGCUGUCGUAAGAAUUUGGCUGUCUAAUUUAGUGGCCAAAAAUUCAUCUCAUGAAAUCGCCAGCAUCUUUUCCAAAAUUAGUUACGGCUUAUGCACAAUAGCAAAAAUUUUUCAAGCAGAUUUUCAGACCCUCUCAGUGGACGAAUAUCAGUUGAAUCUUUCACCAGAAUCAACUCCUAAAAAAAGCGUGAACUUGCAAGCACUCGAAGUAGCCCUUAAAUUUGCCAAGAUUAUUUCCAAUAUUAACGACACUAGUGGCAUUGCCAAAAUUAAGUGCAGAAUUGGUAUUAGUUCUGGAAAGACCUAUGCAGGAAAUUUAGGAUGCUCUUUGUUUAGAUCAUUCUUUGUGGUUGGAGGCUUAGCAGAAAAUGCAAAGAAAAUGACAAGAUUAGCCGACGUUUUGGGUUGCAAAAUACUGGUAGAUAGCUCCACACUUGACGACGAUACAAGCAAGCAAUUUAUUGUGAGACCUGUUGAAAGAUUGUUGAUUUACCCAGGAAUAUAUAAUGAAUUGAAUGCUGAACCUGUAAUUUCAACUAUUUUUGAAGUUGCAAAUGAAAAAGUCAUAGACGAUUCUGAUUGGAUGAACGAACUACAGACUCAAGAACAGGAUGAAAAAGCGGAGGAAUUUGAAUCAAUGUUCAUCUUAGGGAAAAAAUUUGAUUUUAUGGCGGAGUAUGCAUUGUUUGAUGUCAUUAAGGCAUCAAUUUCUCAACUGGAGGAUUAUGUGAUUCAACAUGCGAAUGAUCGUAUUGCUCCAAGAUUACUGAAGGUGAUGAGAAUACUCUAUCAAUACGCUAAGGAUGAUCAAAACACGGUUUCUCUUCAUCGCAUGCUAGCCCGAUAUCAUACACGAUUGGAUUAUUCGUUAAGCGAAGUGUUCCCUUCGUUGUCUGAUGUGGAGAAUUUGAGCCCAAAUUGGAGCACCGGGGAGGAAGAGAUUCGUUAUAAUAAUUGA